GUAUGUGGCAGACCGUCUGCUCUCUCCGCCACUUGUUCACCAGGAUGAACGCUCUCUACUCUCUGCUCUGUAUCAAAUACAGGCGUUGUUUCCAGACAGCCCAUUUCUAUGUGGAGGACAGCGAUUCACCCAGAGUGGUGCCCAAUGAGACGAUCCCUGUCAUCCACAUCCCAGAUGACAUGGAAGCCAUUCCAGUCAGGCAGUUCAUAAAACACAUCUCUGAACUGUACUCAAAUAACCAACAUGGAUUCUCAGAGGAUUUUGAGGCUGUUCAACGGUGCACUGCUGAUAUGAAGAUCACAUCAGAGCACUCCAACCACCCUGACAACAAGCACAAAAACAGAUACAUCAACAUAGUGGCCUAUGACCACAGCAGGGUGAGGCUGAGGCUACUGGCUGGGAGGGACUCCAAACACACAGACUACAUCAAUGCCAACUAUGUAGACGGUUAUAAUAAGCCUAAAGCCUAUAUUGCCGCCCAGGGACCUCUCAAGUCCACUUAUGAGGACUUCUGGAGGAUGGUAUGGGAACAGAAUACGGGUGUCAUUGUCAUGAUCACCAACUUAGUUGAAAAAGGAAGGAGAAAAUGUGACCAGUACUGGCCAACAGAAAACAGUGAAGAGUACGGCAACAUGGUAGUAUCCCUGAAAAGCACCAAGGUUCAUGCCUGCCACACUGUUCGCUGCUUCACACUGCGCAACACUCAAGUCAAAAAGGGUGGGAGGGGGAGCUCCAAGGCAGGGGCCCAGAAUGAACGCACAGUGCUCCAGUAUCAUUACACCCAGUGGCCAGACAUGGGUGUCCCAGAGUACACACUGCCUGUCCUCACAUUUGUCCGAAGAUCCUCAGGGGCUCAGAUGCCUGAUAUGGGGCCCAUGCUUGUUCACUGCAGUGCUGGAGUGGGUCGGACGGGGACGUACAUCGUCAUCAACAGCAUGCUGCAGCAGCUCAAAGACAAGAGCACAGUUAAUGUACUCAGCUUCCUCAAACACAUACGCAGCCAGCGCAACUACCUAGUCCAGACAGAGGAGCAGUACAUCUUCAUCCAUAAUGCCUUGAUGGAAGCUAUUUUGGGGAAGGAGACAGAAAUGGUAGCUAGCCAGCUUCAUAGUUACUUCACCAGCAUCACAACACCAGGACACACUGGCCGGAUACGUCUGGAUAAACAGUUCAAGCUUGUAACGCAGUGUAAUUCCAGAUUCAUGGACUGCUUCAAUGCUCAGAAAGUCUACAACAAAGAGAAAAAUCGAAAUUCCUCUGUGGUGCCAUCGGAGCAAGCCAGAGUCGGCCUAGCACCUUUGCCUGGCAUCAAGGGCCCCGAUUACAUUAACGCAUCUUAUAUCAUGGGAUACUACCGUAGUAAUGAAUUUAUAAUUACCCAGCAUCCUCUGCCCCACACCAUAAAAGACUUUUGGAGAAUGAUCUGGGACCACAAUGCACAAAUUAUUGUUAUGCUCCCCGCCAACCACGGACUGGCGGAAGAUGAGUUUGUGUACUGGCCCAGUCGGGAGGAGGCGAUGCACUGUGAGGCGUUUACUGUCACUCUCAUCUGCAAAGAUCGACUCUGUCUGUCCAACGAGGAGCAGAUUAGCAUCCAUGACUUCAUCCUUGAAGCUACACAGGAUGAUUAUGUUUUAGAGGUUCGACACUUUCAAUGCCCCAAGUGGCCGAACCCUGAUGCACCCAUCAGCAGCACCUUUGAGCUCAUCAACAUCAUAAAAGAGGAGGCGGCCACCCGCGAUGGACCAACCAUCGUCCACGAUGAGUUGGGAGCGGUGUCAGCUGGCAUGUUGUGUGCCCUCACCACCCUGUCUCAGCAGCUGGAGAGUGAGGGCGCCGUCGAUAUCUACCAGGUGGCCAAGAUGAUCAACCUCAUGAGGCCAGGAGUCUUCACAGACAUUGACCAGUACCAGUACCUAUACAAAGCUCUGCUCAGCCUCAUCAGCACCACAGAGAACAGUUUGGGUCCUCUGGCCAGGGACGUUAAAGGGGCCAUGGUGUCCAUGUCAGACCAGUCAAACCAGGCAGAGAGCAUGGAGUCAUUGGUGUGAGGGAGGUCCCUCGGAGGCCUGGAACUGAGUGUGUCCUGUGUGUCCCAACACCCUGUGAGGUCCCUGAACCUACAAAGCUGGCACUUAACUUUGUAAAACGUCGAGUAACUAUUGAGGACAAGACUUUUUGAGGCCUUUUUGCCAGACUCUUGGUUAAAACAAAUAACCUGAUUACUUUUUUACACUGAUAAAAAGUUUUUGAUAUUUAUUUUUUUCGCCAUUUUAUGUCUUAAUGUUCUCCUACUGAAGGGUUUGCACCUGCGUUUUGAGUUUCACAGCGGCGUUGGUAGGCAACGAGAAACUUUUCUGUCUUUUCUUGUUUGCACUAUAUAAUGUCAGUAUUACUGCCUAUACUAAAGCUGACUCACUUGGCUUUUCCUCACUUAAGCUCUGAUUUUUUCUUUUUCUUUUGACAUUCCAUGACAUUUGCCCUUAUUCAAACAACUGCUUCUGUGAAGGACAUUGUUCUGCCUGCCACCUACCAGUUCAUUUAAAGCAGCGGAUGGAGGAAGUUACAAACUCUCAGCCUCAGUAACAAAAUGCUGGUCAUCCCAGUAUAACCUCGUUCCCCCUGCUCAUCUCUAAUAUCAUAUUACCACUCAUUUAUCACAAGAGCCAAGAUCUGGGAGGCUUGUAAGCUGAAAGUAAUUUCCCUCUCAUUUUUAUUUUGUUGCCACUCUCUCCUGUUAGCAAGUCACAUUCAUGUUAGAGUACCUGACGUGGUAAAACAACUGCUACUGUGAACUUUCAUUAUUUCUUUGUAUAAUUCCUAAUAUGCUUUUUAAUAUAUGGGAAUACUGUAUGUAUACAUAUAUAAAUAUAUCCUCAUAAUAACUUUGUGAUUUUGUACAUGUUCUUUGUGGCCUCCUGCCGCAGGCCGGUUGAUUUACAUUACAUCCGAUAAUUUACCACUCCAGUGCUCACAGCUGACUCACAGCAAUCUGGGAGCAGACCCUCUCAGUCCUCUACGUUCUUGUAUGCUGCCACAUCAUUUGUCCUCACACACACUAAUACACACAUACAGAUGCCACAAUUAGAGAUUUUUUAUUCAAAACAUCUGAUGAGCUACAACAGACGAGGCAACCUCUUGCCAUUUUGGCAUCAUUUUGAAAAUAAUGUUGGGAACGUUUUUUUUGUUCUGGUCAUUGAAUCAUUUUGACAAUGAAGUCAGAGAUGAAAAACACAUAACAUAUAUGUGGAGCCAUCAUUUACCCACAUGCAACUGUAUGUGUGUGUGUGUCAUUGUAUAGGGUUGAGCAAGUAUGAUCUCCCGGGGGACAGCAGACUCAACAACAAACUCUAUGCAACAAAUAGCUUAUGUUCUAGAAAUGAACACAGGGUUUAAAACAGUUUUUGGCUUCUCAGUGUUAAUCUAGAUUUGACACUUCACGAUCAGUUUUUUUUAAACAUAUUAAUUUUAAUUGUGCUCACGUUGUCUGAAACAUGAAAGAGCUGGAAAAAAACAUUUUAUUUAGCUUUAAAGAGAUUUUGAGUUCACAACAUGAUAUGUACUACAUCUUUGACAACCAGAAUCUGACAAGAAAUAUUUCCCAAUAGGAUUUCCCUUGAGUACUAAUUUGGAGACCGGGAGCUGAUGCUUUUAUAAUAACCAUACUGUAUGUUUGUCAUGCUUUAUUUCUGAUGACUCAUUUCAAAAUGAUCAAUUAUCCUUCAGUUUGCCAACUAUAGGCUUGGGUAAGACGAGCUGCAGUAUUUUUUUUGCAGUUUAGUUUUUUCAUUAUAUAGUUGCCUGAUCUCAAAAUGUUAAGGCCUAUGCUGCUUGUAUCAGCUCCAACACAGUGCUCUACGAUAUGGUGAAUGAGAGCUGUGUCUAACAUGAGAAUACAGUUACUGUUGCAUGGAGUAGCAUCACUAAUGCCCAAAAUAUGCUGAAACAAAAAAGUUCUCUUUGCUUUCAACAUCGUUUUAUUUCCUUGUAAUAACAUGAGAAGAACCUGAAAAUGCAUUUGAUAAAAAAAUGAAUCAUUACACAACCCUACCCCUCUGUCAAACUGGAAGGAUAUUUUUCUAUAUUUUUGUUUCUGUCAACAAAUUAUAUCAGAAGGUGUUAGCCUUUCACUCACUUCUUUCAGAUCAGCCUGUCUGAGAAGGAAGAUAACCCACCCCUACCCCUGCUUCUGAUUGGCUUAUCUACCCAUUGCCUUUGUUGGUUGGGUUGGUCAAAUUUGGGAUGAAGGCUGAUGAUUGGUUAGGAUUAGGGUACAGAUAUUAUAGUAAUGGCGCAGCCUCACAUAUACAGGUCGAAAUUGAAACCACCCUGCGAUUUGCCUAACACAAGUUGUUUUAUUUGCCUCCUAGCCUGCACAGAUUGGAAGUGAACAGAAUGCAAAGAUUUGCCCCAAAUACAUUCUUGUAUGUGUGACCAGGACCUGAGCACCUUAGAAGCGGGGUAGGAUCAAGUCUUCUACCUUUGGUGUGAAUGAAGCACUCUGAGCCCACUGGUUUCUACUGAGGACAUUAACGUCUAAAAAGUAGUUGUAUUUGUAAAUAGUAAUUUCCUACAAACAACUCAAACAGGUUUAUGACGAUAAAACAGAAUAACGCCCAUCUUAACCUCUAUCCUUUAAAUCCAUGGCUAAAACCAGAUGUGAUCAAACUGCAGCUGUUAAGACACCUGAAGAGAUCAAAUACAAUAUGCUGCAAACUGAAAAUCAAGCAAUCUCUAUAUGUAACUGUACGAGCAGAAACUGCACGGUCCAAUUGCGUUUGGUCAAAGACAGAACAGGUCCAAGAGCCAUGCUCGCUGUCAGGGGUGACUACUCGUCCCGCCCUCCCAAGGCCUUGUGUACAUAUUCACCAUUCUUCAUUCACUUUUCUCCGGAGAUGUAUUUUUGUGGCCUACAAGCAAAAAGCAGAGUUUCAGAUGUUUCCUGCUUCAGCUGCAGUAUGCUCUCUCACACACAUAUACAUAAUUGCUUACUUAUUUUUUUUUUUCUUGAGGAUGUUCUAACUCUACCACAGAUUUAGAUGAUAUUCUGUACCUGUGAAAUGAACAAUUUUGAAAGUAUUUUCUUUACUUUUUUUCCACACAGCACAAAACAGUGUGUAAUGGUGAGAGAAAGGGGGACAAAUGUAUUUCCAUUUUUUAAGAAACUUUAACCAAAGACUUGAAUCCUUCCAGAGCAGCAAAAGAUAUUGGAUGAGCUUUUCUCUCUCUUUUGCCGACAUCUCUCUUGUGACUGCCCAACCCACAUCAGCCAACCACCACACACACACAGACACACAAACAAACACUUCACAUAGACUUAUUUUUUUUACAUUAACAUUGAAGUUCUUUAAUUUACUGGUGCCAUUAUCAUUUGGGACAUUGAGAAGAAUCAAUGGAUAAUCUGAGUAGGAAGAGCAUUAAAGACAUAUACUAUUUCUCUUUAUCUUGCAGUAUUAUCUCCCCAAUGGGGAACACAGUAGAAACUCUCCAACUUUGAGGGGGAAAUCUACAGAGCAUCUUUGUUUCCCGACAUUGUUUCAUUUUUUAUGAAUUAUACAUUUCCAAGUGCCUGGUCACACCAGAAAGAGACAAAGCAAAACUCAUUUGUACAUAUUAAAAGAUACAUAAAAGUGAACUAAACUAGCAUUCAAUAUAAGAUGUUAGCUAGCCACUGAUGCUGGUUUGCUUCCAGUUUCUAAUAUUCAGGUAAAAUUACCAAUUCUAUCCAUACCUGCAGACUAUGCUGCAUCUCUCUACAAAGCAUGAGGAAAAUUCAUCUUGGGUGAAGCUAUCAAAUUGAUUAAUUUAAUAGCAUUUUUACCUCUCCGGAUCUCCCAAUUAUCAGUGUUUACUGUUUACUGGAGUGUCAUGGUGUGGAUUCAUAUAUAGAAUGUACUGGUGAGUGAAAUAAAGUGUAAAAUGUGCUGGUGUGACCAGGCCCUUCAGACUGUCACUGCCAUCCUUCUGUCCCUGCUUUCAUGCAAUUCUUGCUCAUUCUGAAUGAAAAAUGUUUUGUGUUGCCUUUGAAGUGCACACGCAGCUGUACUGUCAAUGAAAAUGUACAUAUAUAUUUAGUUGCCUCUGUAACACAGAACUUCUCCUGAAACUGUGUAUUUAUGAACUGUGUCAGAGGAGUGUUUGAAAUGGUAUCAUACACAUUUCCAUUAUUUCCUUUUGACUGAUUUUGUAACAUAAACAUUACAUUUCUUUUACUGUUUGAGUUUUGUGCCACAGAACUCUCACGAUGGUUCCAAACGGACCCAUCUGAUCUAUUAUAACACACUUUUAAAAUCUAUUCUCUUUCAUGUGAACUCACUUAUGGCAUUGCUUUCCUUGCUGUAUCCUGUGGAAGCCAGGUGUCUUUGUAUCCACAUCAUCAGAUUCCAGUUUCCAGCUUCACGCCCUCCAUUAAUGUCCAGGCAGUGAUUGUGAUAUUAAGAUGUUAUCCACCUUUCUUUUGAUUUCUUCUGGUUUUCAUCCUUUGGAAGCUACGAGUCUGCUGUCAGCUCUCUCGUAUGUUUCUUGAUAAUGUCCUCCUUAUUGACCCAUUUUGGAAAGGUGGAUGUUCCUUCCUCUUUUUAAUCAUGAACUAAGAAAGAAAAAAAGACAGAUUUCUUUUUCCCUUUUUGUUUUAUUGAAAGCUAUAUCAAAGCAUUCUAUUAUAGUGUUAUUUAAUAU